AAUGAAGUUUCCAUUUGGUCUUGGGCGAAGAGAGAGAGAGAGAGAGAUCGAAAUUGAAAUAAAAGGGACGUAGUGGAAUUUGGUCCGUGUAUGAAAUGAAGGAGCCAGGGGUGAACACGAUGCCUCUAACAACAACCUUCUUCUCAUCAUCUUAACCUUCAAGAAACUUCAUACGCUUCUAUUGUCCUCUUUCUUUUCUCCUUUCGAUUAUUUUCUUUCCCAUUCUAUCCUUAAUAAUGGCUACUCAAACCCCUUCCGAUUCUUUCGACCCUUCUCUUUGUGACGUCGACGACUACGUUUUGGAAAAUGGACCAGGAGAUUUGGCAUGGGACACAUUUCAUUAUGUUUAUGAGCUUGUGCAGAGUGGCAAUUUGGCCUUUCGAGAAAACAGAAUGGAAGAGGCAAUCAACUUUUACUCAAGAGCCAAUAGCGCCAAAUCUGGUGAUCCAAUCAUCCUCAGCAAUCGAAGUGCAGCUUUUAUUAGGAUUAGCCAAUAUAUAGUGCAUAGAUCAUCAUCAUCCUCAGAACAUAGGCCAUUGAGUGGGCUUGAUCCCACAACACUUGCCGAACUGGGUUUGAAGGAUGCUGCAAAGCUUGUGGAACUUCAAAGUAAUUCAGUUAAAUCAUACCUUUUAAAGGCCAAUGCUCUUCUUCUAUUAGAUAAGUAUGAUAUGGCUCGGGAUGCUAUUCUUUCAGGACUGCAAGUUGAUCCUUAUAGUAAUUCCCUUCGGGAAUGUCUUCAAAAAGUGGAAAGAGUAUCAUCUAGUUCAACAGGGGUGAGUACCCAUAGACAACCAGAGCGCAAUGAUGACUUUGAGUGCACUCUCUGCCUGAAGUUACUCUAUGAACCUGUCACGACCCCCUGUGGGCAUUCUUUUUGCCGUUCAUGUCUAUUUCAGACAAUGGAUCGUGGGAACAGAUGCCCGUUGUGCAGGACAGUUCUGCUCAUUAGUCCUAGAACAUGUUCAAUCAGUGUGACAUUGAAGAACAUCAUACAAAAGAACUUUCCAGAGGAAUAUGCCGAAAGGAAACAAGAGCACGACAGUUUAGUCAAUGUUGGUGCAGAUACGCUACCUCUUUUUGUCAUGGAUGUUGUCUUACCAUGUCAAAAGUUUCCACUAAAUAUAUUUGAACCUCGGUAUAGACUUAUGGUAAGAAGAAUAAUGGAAGGCAACCAUCGGAUGGGAAUGGUUAUACUAGAUCCUUCAACAGGUUCAUUAGCUGAGUUUGGCUGUGAAGUGGAAAUCACAGAGUGUGAGCCACUUCCUGAUGGUCGUUUUUAUAUAGAGAUUGAAGGUCGUAGGAGAUUUCGCAUCCUACGUUCUUGGGAUCAAGAUGGGUAUCGUGUUGCAGAAGUUGAAUGGAUACAAGAUAUAAUGCCACCAGAAGGAACACCAGAAAGAGAUAAUUUACAGGAAUUGACAAAUACUGCAGCAGCAUGUGCGCGAACAUGGAUAGGAAGAGCUAAACAAGUAGCAAGACAAGAUCAAAGAAGAUUUGACAAACUCGUGACUGUUGAAGGAAUGAUACCCUCAUUAAGAGACCCCGAGCGCUUUAGUUUUUGGCUAACCACCAUCUCCAAUCGGAGGCCUUCAGAAAGAUUGGAUCUCCUACGCAUUAGAGAUACCAAAGAGAGAAUUAAGCGAGGCCUGAUAUUUCUUCGAGCAGAGGAACAAGGCUGCACGAUUCAGUAAAAAUCAAGCUAAGGAGCGUUACCAGUAUUAUUGCAAUUUGAAUAUUGGUUGCAAAUUCCUUUACAACUCAGUCAAAUAUUCUUUGACCUCAUAAAUGAUGGUUCAUGAGGUCAUUUUUGUCGUAACAUAAUGUCGAACCCAGUUUUUCAAUAUAUAUGAUUAUCCACAAGACUACAACACAUUUUAUUUUUACAAAUGGUUUUGAAUUAUUAUUCUUGCUAAAUACAUAUGCCAGGAUUUAAAUCAUA